AUGGAUUUCGUGGAGGGUUUGCCUCGUUCUUCGGGAUGCAACUCCAUCCUCGUCGUCGUGGAUAAAUUCUCGCGGGCGCAGAUGACGGCGCUCAUCCACCAGCACCUGUUGCGUGCGCGGCAACAAAUGAAGGAUUUAGCCGACAAGCGCCGCUCCGACCGCAUCUUCGCCGUCGAUGACUGGGUCUUCCUCAAACUGCAUCCCUACGUUCAGCGUUCGGUGGCCACCCGCGCCAACCAGAAACUGGCGUUUCGCUACUUUGGUCCCUAUCAAUCUUCCACGUCUCCCAACUGCGGCAAGCACUCCCUCCCACGGAACAGGCGCAAGUCCAACUACCAGCAACGGCUGCUUCAAGUCCCGUACCAGAGGAGAUUUUGCAAGACCGGCAAGUGCAACGUGGUGCCGCUCAAGUGUCGCAGGUCCGGGUUCGCUGGACUGAUCAACCACCCGAGUUGGCCACACAAGGAUUUUAUGACGGAGUCGCCCUACGGGGAGACUUUCUUCAAGCGCCCCACCGGCCGCUGCUCCGACGGCCGCGUCAUCGUCGAUUUCCUCGGUACCUACCUACCACUCGGUCUAUCCGAGCACUUUGGGCUGCCGCUGCUGCCGGCGUCCAAGGCCGGCGGCGACUUCAAGAAGGGCGCCAACAUGGCGAUCAUCGGCGCCACCACCAUGGACUUCGCCUUCUUCCAGUCCAUCGGCCUCAGCGACAAGAUCUGGAACAACGGGCCCCUGGACACCCAGAUCCAGUGGUUCCGGAAGCUCCUCCCGUCGGCCUGCGGCAAGGACUGCAAGAGGCACCUCUCCAAGUCCCUGUUCGUGGUGGGCGAGUUCGGCGGCAACGACUACAACGCGGCGCUCUUCUCCGGUCGCACCAUGGCCGACGUGAGGGGCUACGUGCCGCGGGUCGUCAGCCACAUCGUCCGUGGCCUCGAGAACAUGAUCAGACUAGGCGCGAUGGACGUGGUGGUGCCGGGGGUGCUCCCCAUCGGGUGCUUCCCGAUCUACCUGACCCUCUACGGCACCUCCAACGCCGGCGACUACGACGGCGACGGGUGCCUCAAGAGCCACAACGAGCUCUCCGCCCACCACAACUCGCUGCUCCGGCGGAGCCUCGCCAACCUCCAGAGGACCUACCCCCGCACCAGGAUCAUGUACGCCGACUUCUACGCGCAGGUCAUCCAGAUGAUCCGGGCCCCUCAGAAUUUCGGCCUCAAGUACGGGCUGAAGGUGUGCUGCGGCGCCGGCGGGCAGGGCAAGUACAACUACAACAACAAGGCGAGGUGCGGCAUGGCCGGGGCGAGCGCCUGCGCCGACCCGCAGAACUACCUCAUCUGGGACGGCAUCCACCUCACGGAGGCGGCGUACCGUUCGAUCGCCAACGGGUGGCUCAAGGGCCCCUACUGCAGCCCCCGCAUCCUGCACUGA